CUGAUAGACGGCACUGACUGGCAUCACUGCUGGGCACUGACUGGCGACACUGACUGGCACAACCGCUGGACACUGACUGGUGGCACUGACUGGCAGCACUGCUGGGCUGCACUGGUGGGUGGCACAGGUGGGUGGCACUGGUGGGUGGGCACAGGUGGGUGGCACUGGUGGGCACAGGUGGGCGGAACUUGCGGGUGCCACUGCUGGGCACCGAUCAUCAGGGCACUGAUCAUCAGUGCCCUGAUGAUCGGUGCCGAUCCUCGCUCUGACAACUGCCGGUUCUCGGCAGUACUUUCCUCACGAUCUGACGGCGUGAGGAAAGUGCAGCCGAGAACGGGCACUUGC